GGUCCCAGAUUGUUUGUUUUGUUUUGCUGAUUCGGGAACGAGAAUGCAUUGAGUUGGGAAAGUUGCACAAGUCGACACUUCAAUCUUUCAUCGGCGCGAGCAGAUGAUUAGGGUGACCGACUAGUAACUGGCACUACAGCUUUCAAGGUCAGAAUCGGGAGGCGGAGGGUUAACUGACCACAAUGACCACCACUAGCCAUCAACCAAAUUGACAAAUCCACGCUUGACUACUCUCGCACGACGGGCAAUUAUCAAGAGAACGCAGUUACGAAACCGCCCCUGCCACGACAAGAGAAACUGGAAUAAAAUAGCAAGAGAGGCUACAAGCCGCCAUGGAAUCGACAUCGACCGUGCACCGGCGCAUCGAGCUCCAAGCGCCUGAGGACUUUGCCUAUCUCAUCAACAAUGUACGACGUGCCGCCGCCGACAGUAUCAACGCGGCCUUCCCGCCAGUCGAGGGUGCCGACGGCCAAGAGGAUGAGCUCCGCAUACGGAUUGAGGAAAUGGUCAACAAUUACAUUAUUCAAACAUUCACGCUCGCUGCGCCAAACUUGACAAUUAACGGUAUGCCCGUGGACCCAGAGCUCUUCUUCUCGUCUUCUUCGUCACUGGCAUCGCCAGCAGCUGGAGGGAUAUUCCUCACACCGGCGCCGGAAGAGCAGUACGAGGUAUUCGACAGCCGCAAGCGGGCGCGGGUCGAGGAUCUGGCGCGCGAGGAGGAGGACUUGCUGCGAUCGAUCGCGGCGCUGAAGCGGCGUGUGCCGCAAGCGACGGCGAGCGCGUGGGCGUUGGCCACCAAAUCUGGAUUAGCAGCGGACGACGCGGCCGUCGAGGCUGUGCGGACCUGUGUCGAGACGGACGGCGCCUUGUCUGGCAAGAAGACGCUCGAGGGUCUCGGGCCACUGGACCGGCAAGACGUUGUAGAGCAGCAUUUCGAAACGGCAGUGGAAUCUCUGGGUAGGCUGAAGCGUGACAUGCCUGCUACUGUGGCGAAGAUGGAGAGGGCGCGGGUCGCCGCCGGCUAUGUUGCUACGGAAAGGUAGCGUGUUCACAACUAAAGCGGGCAGCUCAAUGGCGUUUGGGGUGUCGAUAUUUUGUGCAUAUUGUCAGAAACGGCACGGCGUUUGGAAUGUGUAAUUAGGAAAGCGUCCGAGGACGCCGACGUUUGUCUAUUUUAUACUCAUGCGGGACUAGACAGCUAUUAAGAAAAAGGGAACCUGAAAAAAGA